CACAGAAGCCACCAGCCGGUUACCAGCUCUUCUUUUGUGCCGCUGAACCUGCGUGGGCACUCCUCAGGCGCGUGCUGUUCUGAGAAUUCUGCUUCUCACCUGGCGUCCCUUGCCUACUUCCCUAGCCUUCGUCCCAACUCUACAGCCCCCUGUGUCCCGCUCCUUCCCAGUUGACCCAGGGCUGGAAAACACAGCUUUCAGCUUAUGUGAAGUUGCUGAAGCCACUUAUCAAGUCACUUACUGAAUUUAUGGAGAAGCCUGCAAAUCAUGGCAGCCAGUCGGAAGAACUCUUUGCCCACCUUAAGAGUGUACCAGAGAAAGAACUUCUAUCGCGGAGUGCCAGUGAAAAUCAUCUUAGCUGCCUGAAGCAGGACAUCUUAAGUGAUGAAAGGACUGAACUGGAGGCAACACUUAAGGAAGCUGAGCUGGCAGCCUGUUCUAUAGAAUUACUUUUGCCAUUAUUUAAGAACACCAUUGAAGAGAUUAAUUUUGCAAAUGCCAGAGUUUCUGGAUCCAGUUUGAAGAGGAUUUCUGAACAGAAAGAAAUGUUAAUGAAAGAAUUAAAUACUUUUAAACGUGUAAAAGCAGCUUUAGAGCAUCUUCUUAGACAGACAGACUACAGACAAACAGGAGACAAUUUACCCAGCAUGUUGUUGAAAAAUCUAACAGAUAAUGAAAGUGAAAACACAAACCUUAAGAAGAAGGUACUUGAAAAGGAAAACUAUAUUCAAGAGCUGUCUUGCUUAUUUCAGAAUGAAAAGGCAAAUGCUUUGAAAGCAAACCGUUUCUCCCAAUCAGUAAAAGUAGUACAUGAGCGACUGCAGCUCCAAAUCAAUAAAAAGGAAGCAGAAAACGAUAAGUUAAAAGAAUAUAUAAAGAGUUUAGAAACCAAAAUAGCCAAAUGGAACUUGCAGUUGAAGAUGAAUAAGCAUGAGGUGGAAGCCAUGAAAGAAGCAGGCAAGCAGAAAGUGACAGCUCUGAGAAAGGCAUCUAAGAUCUACAAACACAGGCUCGCACAUUUCACAGGAGAUGCCGAGCACCUCACUUCCCAAAUUAGGGAUCAGGAAGCCAAGCUGUCUGAAACAAUUUCAGCUUCCAGUGCCUGGAAAAGCCAUUAUGAGAACAUUGUAAUAGAAAAAACAGAGUUGGAAGUUCAGAUCGAAACAAUGAAAAAGCAAAUUGAUAACCUUUUGGAAGAUCUGAAGAAAAUGGAAGCCCAUGGAAAAAAUUCAUAUGAAGAGAUUCUUAGAAAACUUCAGUCAAUUGAAUAUGACAAUGAAACUCUGAAUCUUGAGAACACAAAAUUAAAGACCACACUUACUGCUUUGAAGGAAGAAGUUGUUUCUGCUGAACAUGAACUGUCAGAACUGCAAGAAGUAGAAAAACGACAGAAAGGCCUUAUUGAAAUAUAUAAAACUCAGGUGCAAAAGUUGCAAGAAGCAGCUGAAAUGGUGAAAAGCAAAUAUGAAAAAUUGCUACAUGAAAAUAACCUAAUAACAGAAAACAAAAAUAAAAGAUUAGAGAUGAUUGGUGGAAAUCAUAAUCUUCUGACAAAGCUUUCUCUUGAGGAGGAAAAUUAUCUCAUUCAGUUGAAGUGUGAAAGCCUUAAACAAAAAUUAGAACAGAUGGAUGCAGAGAAUAAAGAACUUGAGCAGAAGCUGGCAAACCAGGAAGAGUGUCUUCAGCACAGCAAUCUGAAGCUUAAAGAGAAAUCUGCAGAAUAUUCAGCGCUGGCCCGGCAACUGGAAGCCGCUUUAGAAGAAGGCAGACAAAAGGUUUCUGAAGAAAUAGAGAAAAUGUCAUCUAGAGAGAGGGCUCUACAAGUUAAAAUAUCAGACCUGGAAACUGAGCUUAGAAAGAGGAAUGAAGAACAAAACCAACUUGUUUGCAAAAUGAACUCUAAAGCACAGCAUCAGGAAGUGUGUUUGAAAGAAAUACAACAUAGUCUUGAGAAGUCGGAGAAUCAGAAUGAGAGUAUUAAGAAUUAUUUACAGUUUCUUAAAACGUCUUAUGUAACAAUGUUUGGAUAAAUUGUUGAAUUUAUUUUCUAUAAGCAUAGGCUUUUAAUAAGUCUAAAAUAUGAUUAGUUAAAAAAACACUACUGGUUGUUAUACUUUAUGAUUUAUAGGUAGUAGUGUUAGUAUUUUUCUGUAAAGACGUUUGAAACAUAACUUAUUAUAUAAUCAAAACUUUACAACAUGACAGCUAUUAAUAUUCUUUUUUGCUGGAGAAUUCUCAUUUAGCUCUUGAAAAAUAUAUUGGAGUUUUAGAAUUUUUUAUCACAUGUACAUGCAAGUCAGAAUCAUUCUUUGGGUUGUCUACAGCUACCACUCAAAUGAAUUUUUAAUAACCUAGGCUAAUUAUGAGUCAAGUACAUGAUUUCAAAAUAAUAUAUAUAAUUGUCUUAUGUUGUGGUGUUAUAUAAAUGUAAUAAAAGA